AUGAUGAUUAUGAGUGGCAGUUAUAAUUGGAUUUUGGCAGACUGGGAAUAUUUGUGCGCAAGCAUCGACAAUUAUCAACUCAACAAUCGAUCAAUUAUCAAUCGAAUACCAACAAUGACAGGAUCAAUAUCUAUCAAGAACUCGAAUCAAGCUGCCUUGAAUGUCAAUACAUUCGAGGAGGCGCGAAACGAGAUCGCCAGAUUACUUCAAGUUUGUCAAGAAAUCGUAACCAAUCAAGACCAAGUGGACCAACUCAUUCAGAGGAAGGACAAGGAUCUCGACUUCAAAGAGGGAAUUGUUCAGGAAAAUUUGGCUAGAGCUCAAGAAUAUUUGCGUUGGCUCGACAACUUCCACGGAAUCUACGAAGAGCGACUUCGAUUGGCUAGAGAUGUACAAGACAACAACGUCAACUCACAACUCCACAAGCUGAUCGAGUUUGCGAAAUCAAAAGGGAAAGACGCAUUACGAUUCGAAUUGGAAAACACCGUUACCAAUCUUGGCAUUAUGCAAGCUGAAAUUCAGUUUGAACGAGGAAUUGGUAUUCAACAAGCUCAACCACAAGAAUUGGGAGAGCUAGGUCAUCCGACCAUUGGAAAAGAAGAUCAACUGCCACAAGAAGCACCAAUGGAUCAACAACAAGUCGAGGAUUUGGAUAUGACAAAUGCACAACAACAUGACGAGGAAUUGGCAACGACAAAUGCUCGAGAAGUUCAACGUGCAACAAUUAUUGAAUUAUCCUCGCAACCAGCCUAUCAACAUCAUAAGGGUAAUCAAGUCAGUGAGAGCCCGAUGGAGAGCCCAAUUUUAACUUCUUCACCAGAGGAAAUUGAAGAUGCAGCUCGAAACCAGGCUCACACUGUUUCAUUUGCUCGAGAUUUUGGCCAACCGGGAAAUAAACAAGGCAAGCCAGUAAACACCUCGACUCCUAGAAUUCAUGGAGAUUUCAAUGGCUUUGACGCUCGACUUGUCGAUGAGCCGAGCCGGCGAGAAUUUCGUGACUCUAGAGGAGACCAGGGUGAACAGGCUCGCACCUUCGUGAAAUUCCCGGCUAGCCAAAUCCCAGGCAGAAUUAGUAAUCCUAAGCAAGCAAAUUUGACGAGACCAAAUUUCGAUAUCACCAUUUCACCGGAAUCACACCAGGUACCGUGGGAAAACUUUGAAAAUCAAAAUUACCAUCAAAAUUCGAAUCCAAAUUUCAAUCAAGUUCGAAAUUUCCGAAAUUUUCAACCAAAUUUUAAUCAAAAUUCGAAUCAUCGAAAUUUCCAAGAAUUCCAAGGUUACCCACAAAAUUUCAACCAAUUUCAAAGUUGCGGUGAGAAUUGGAAUGGUCCAGCCAGAAAUGCUAGCCUGGGUUUCAAUCAUUUCCAAAAUUACGGCCAGUCAUUCCAACAUCAAGACCCUAGAAUAUUCCAAGGACAAAAUCCUAGAAUGUUUCAAGGAAACCCUAGAAUGUACCGACCAAAUUAUUGUGAUAAUCAAAAUAUCGUGGGACUAGAUACUAGACAUCAGAGCCGAGGUGUGGAGUUGCAGAAUGCAAAUGGGAAUUUGAGUAAUCCAAAUUACCCGAAUUUCCAGAAUUCCAAUCUGUUUAACAAUUUGAACCCAAAUUGUAGAACUUUUGGAAAUCAAAACCUUGAAAAUUCCUAUCCCCAGCCUAGUUUCAACAUUUCUAGAAUUCAUGAUGGAAAUGCAAGUAGAAGUAACGAGAUUCGUUUCAAGUUACAGAAACUGAAACUUCCAGAGUUCGAUGGAGAUGAAAUGAAAUUUACCGCGUUCCUCCAAUCCUUCGAUGUUUUUAUUGGUCAAGAUCCAUCAAGAACGGAUCUUGAAAAGCUCAUGUUUCUCAAACAGUGUUGUAAAGGAAAAGCAGCACAAGUAUUGGACAACUAUCCGGCUUCUCCAGGUUUUUACAAUUUGGCUCGUUCGGCUUUGAGCAACAGAUUUGCCAUGGGCAGAGAUGGUCCUCAACGAGUCUGGAUGAAGCUAGAGCGUAUCUCGAACUGUGACCUCAAACCGGAUCAGCUAUCCGAGACAAUUGACAAGAUCAAAAAUGCUAUUUUCCAGCUACAAUAUUUGGGCGAGAAAGUAGAUGGUAUCUCGAUUGAGACUACCAUUCUACGCAAGUUUCCAGAUAAAAUUCGCCAUCGUUUGAAGAAUAUCUCGACACCACACUUAGUUCCAACUGGCUCGACUACCCUAGAUUUGUUGAACCGGCUAGACUAUGUGGUGAAUGAAUAUCAGCGAGACAGAGAAUUCGAGAAGGAUCGUCUGCUCAGCGCCAAGUAUUCUUCUCGUUGCAUCGAUGCAAAUGUUGCUAGCUGUGAUGGGACGAAGAACAGCAAUGAGAAAAUCGAUUAUGAGAAGAAGAACAAGUCAAACACAAAACCCGCGAGUAGAACCAAGAACAGCGAAGAUGAGCAGAAAGAAGACAAUCCGGUUGAAUGUUUAUAUUGCAAGUCAACUGAACACAGUCUAUUCUACUGCAAGUUAUCGUUUGAAGCGAGAAGAAAGAAGGCUAUGGAAGAUGGAAGAUGUAUGAAUUGUUUGAAGCUCGAUCAUGCAACAGAAAGCUGCGAAGUUCGCUAUUGCCGAGUAGACAAUGAAAGCCAUCACGAAUCAAUGUGUGAAUAUGCGAUUUUCGUUCACGAAGGAUUCAAGAUGUUCCACGAGAAUCCAGAAGAAUUUGCGAAACUCGCGGAGAAUCCGGAAGAGUUUGGAGAACGUUUUGGGAAAUUUUUUCGUGGCCAACAUUAA